GGGCAUUUUCCAGCAUGCGACACAGAGAACACAGUGUAACAUAGUAAAGUUGCUUUUCUUUUAAGGAACACAAUUGACACAAGCAUCGUUCUAUCUUUUUUUAUGUUCAAUGAGUAAUAAAGAUAGAACAAUACUUGUGUCGAUUGUGUUCCCUUAAAGAAAAGCAGUCAAAAUUAUUUUAUCCUUGUUGUUUAUCAAUGUUAAACAAGGAUGAGAUUUAUUGUGUUACACUGUGUUCUUCUGUGUUGCUUGCUGGAAAACACCCAUUUUCAUGUAAAAGUUUGUUGUCAUUUUUCUGGACUUAGAAGGGCAUGAAACACAAAUCUUUCUGAAACAUGGCUUUUUUGACUAUUUGAUGUGUUACUGUCAUAAUUUUUAUGAUGGUUUAGUAAUCUAGGAUUAAAAACUAUUAUAGUAUAAAAUAAAUAAUAAGUUUUAUUUAUAAUUUAUCUAAUUCUCUUUUAACAAAUUUGAAAAUUACAAAAUUAAAAUAAUUUUUAUUAAAGGAAGUUAUGGAGAAACAUAGUAAAAAGCGUAAACGCUUUAAUGAAAUGUCAACUAGACAUUUAAGAAGACUCAUAAAUAAUGAAAUAGAUUCAUUAGAAUAUAAAAAUGAACAUAAUGAUGAAGAAACUUAUACAUUGCCAAAUAUGGAUACCAAUACUUUUGAUUUAAAUGAACACAUAAAUGAGUUUGAUAAUGAUACAUACAAUGAAGUUAGAAAUGACAAUGCAAACAUAUUACAUGGAUCGUAUGAAAUGAAUAAUAGUUCAGAAAUUAAUACACCUAAUUUAAAUGAAUCAAAUCAUUUAAAUCAUUUAAUUAAUCUAAAUAUUGUUCAGAAUGUCGAAGAAAAUAGAAACUUUAAAUGUUUAUUACAAAACUGGGCUAUAACUAAUAACAUUAAUCAUGGUGCAUUAUGUGGUCUUCUUACAAUUCUUCGUACUCAUGAAUGCUUUACUAAUUUGCCAAAAGAUCCUAGAACUUUAUUGCAUACACCAAAAUACAGUGAAAUUACAACUGUCAUACUUGGUUUAUAUUCUCAUUUUGGAGUUCGUGUUGCAUUAGAAAAAUAUAUUAAUAAAUAUAAUCACAGAUUUCAUAAUGCGCACUCAAUAAACUUAGGAAUUAACAUUGAUGGAUUACCGCUAUCAAAGUCUUCAACAUCAUCAUUGUGGCCAAUUUUAGGUUGUGUUUUGCCAUAUAAAGAAAUUUUUAUAAUUGGUGCAUAUUAUGGAUCUAAGAAACCAGAAAAUUGCAAUGAAUUUUUACAAGAUUUUGUUGAAGAAAUGAUUGACUUGAUAAACAAUGGAAUUUUUCUGAGUGAGAAAUUAUACAAUAUCAAAAUAAAACAAAUUUUAUGUGACGCUCCAGCAAAAUCUUUUAUAUUAAAUAUAAAAGGUCACAGUGGAUACUUUAGUUGUACAAAAUGUAAAAUUGAAGGCGAAUACAGAAAUAGACGUAUUUGUUUUGCAGAUAUGAACUCUGCGAAAAGAACAAAUAAUGAUUUUUUAAAUGAAACUGAUGAAAAUUAUCAUUUAGGUUUUACCAAUUUAAAAUACAUACCGCAAUUACAUUUUAUAGAAAAUAUCCCUUUUGAUUACAUGCACUUACUUUGCCUUGGAAUUAUGAGAAAAUGUUUGUAUAUGUGGACAACAGAUGAUUUAAAAUUUCGUUUGCAACAUUACAAAUGUCAAAUGUUAUCAAACAAUUUAGAAAAAAUUAAACAUGCAAUUCCAGUUGAAUUUGCUAGAAAACCGAGAUCUUUGAAUUAUCUAAAAUCUAAAACAAUGGAAAGCAACUGAAUAUAGACAAAUAUUAUUAUACACAGGUCCUAUUGUUCUUGAAAGAAUACUUCCAAAUAAUUUAUAUUAUCAUUUUCUAACAAUUCACGUUGCUACUAGAAUAUUAUGCUGUGAAAGUUUAUGUAAAAAUU